AUGCCUCCACCGCGCUCUCUAAACGACCUCAUGCAGGCUGCCCGUGGCAACAUUGAACGGCACCGCUCGCACCGCAAUCGACACACCCUGACUCGGUCUCAUUCGCGUCGCCGUACUGCAGUCGACACAAUGUCAUCGUCUCCAGAUAUCGCCUACACGACCCGCACGGCGGACCAGGAAAUCGACACUGUGGCCAUCUGCCCUGCCCACCCCGAGUACAUGGUGAUAGGAACCUAUUCGCUCGUCAAGCCCGACGCACCGCGCUCAUAUCCCUCCCAAACACGACAGGGCAGCAUCCAGGUCCUCACGGUGUCCUCCGACUUCCGGCCCAGAUACGCCGGCAUGCUCCCGCCGCAGCUCGACCGCAUGGCAUUUCCCGAGGCAAUAGUUGACAUCCACUUCCACCCCUCCGACGGGACGCUCUUCGGCGCCGCGACCUCGACCGGCAAAGUCCAUCUCUUCCGCUUCAUCAAGCACGGCGACGUUCUUGGCCGGCGUGUCAUCACCAAGCUGCUCCCGCUCGGCAGCGUUACCGUGUCGGAACCCGACGAACACGGCCUGUCACCCUUGGUGACGCAGUUCGCUUGGUUGCCCGGCGUCCCCACGAAGGGCGUGCUCGGCAUAAGCGACGUGCAAGGCAUCUGUUUUGCGGCAGUGACAUCGUUUGGCGAGACGAAGAUAGUCUACGCCUCCGUUCCGCGCAUCAAGGAUCUCUACGACCAACGCGUGGGCCAGGAUCUGGCGGCGCCGCCCGUCGCGAUCACGGAUGUACACAAGCAUGAACUCGAGGCGUGGACGGUUGCGAGUCUCACGCUGCCGGGCUCAGGAGACACGGAAGACCAAGGCACCGUAACACACAUGAUCCUGAGCGGAGGGGAUGACAGUGCGCUGAUCGCAUCGGCAAUCGACUUGUUAUCACCCAGCGAACUGUCCGAGCAGCUGAUGGCGCCAGCCUCAGCCUCCGCCUCCGCCUCUCCAUCACACAUCUCCGAACUCAGUGCAAUGCAACUGUGGAAGGACAGGCGGAACCAUACCGCUGGCGUCGUUGCCAUUCUGCCUCUUCCGCCUCUCAGAACAAAAUCGAACAAGAAGGACGACGCCGAUCCUGCGUCGAAUGGUGACUUCUUUGUGCCGUUGGUUACGGGAAGCUACGACGAAGGCCUUCGAGUUUUCGAGAUUGAUCACACUUCGCGUCGCGCCACGUUCGUCACGGAAACAAGUCUCGGAGGCGGUGUGUGGAGGCUGAAGGUGCUCGAUCAGUACACGACGACAGAAGGGCGCGCCCAGGAUCGACAUCUACGACACCACACCCUGAUCCUGGUAUCGUUGAUGCAUGGAGGCGCCGCCGUUCUGCGGUUAACGUACGCCCCGGGUGCAUCGGAGUCCUGGACAAUAGAUGUUCUGACUACAUUCCGCGCUGGACAUGAGAGCAUGGUCUACUGCUGCGACGCAAUUCUCGAAUCACCGACAGAAGAAGAGAAACCAAAAUCGGUCUCCAAUCACCCGGCGCCGCCGCAGCCGCCUUCGUAUACUAUCGUCAGCACCAGCUUUUAUGACAUGAAGAUAUGCACUUGGACUUUUGUCGACCAUUUCAAGGCGGAGCACCAAGGUCAGACUCUGGCCACAGUUCAAGGUCGAUUAUCUCAGUAA